AGUCUGUGGUAGACAAUGUUGAUGUUGAUGGUGAAUGUAGGAAUAUUUUCAUUUGAAUUCGAAUAAUUACUUAAAAUGAAUAACCGGAAAUAAACACAUUUAUUUAUUUUAAAUUAUAAACACUAAAAGUAGAAGCAAUGUUUUUCUACGAACGUUUUUGUCAAUGGUUGGGCCAUUUAAAAUUAUCUCGAGUUAUUGUUAUGGUUUCAGUGAUACUUUUUGUGGUGCCACUUUUUACUCACUAUUAUUUAUCUAAGUAUGAAACAUCAUCCAUCUCCUUAGGGAGUAGUUCUGUGAGACAUACUUUGGAAGCUCUUGGAGAUAUUUCAACAAUGAAUGUUGUUGAUCUUAAGCUGAGAAUUGAAGAAAUGCUUAGAAUUAAAGUGAGUUCUGUAUUUUAUUAUUAUUAUUAUUAUGAGCUUUAUUCAUUAAAAAGAGUUCUGUAUUUUAUUAUUAUUAUUAUGAGCCUUAUUAAUUAAAAAGAAAUGACCGAGGGUGUGUCGGGCCACAUACAAUAGGGUUCCAUAGUUGCCCUUAACCCAGGGUUCGUCGCUAGGCAAUUAUGAAUACAAACAGCGGCUACUGGAUAUAAGUUACCAAAUUAUUUAUAGCUCCCUAUUUAAAUACAUUGAUAAUGAUAUUGAAUUUUUUGAUAUGUUUGCUUGUACUAUGAGCUAUAAAUUAAAAAUAACAUUUAUACAUAAUAAAAAUUUAUUUAUUAAUAUUUAAGGCACUUACAAUAAAGAGAACAAAAAUCUUAAUUUUUUUUUCUUUAUAUAUCAUGAAAUCUCAAUAAUUACAAUUUUUUUUUUCUUUGGAAUCAUGCAAAAUAAGAUUAGAUAAUAUAACAAAACACUGCUGUUACAAACUAACAAAAAUAAAUUGUACUUUUACAAUAAAAUUUCUUGUGGUAAAUGGGGAUAGAAAAUAAAAAAAAAUAAGUAUUUGUGUUUCGUACCAUAAAUAUAGUUAAUUAUUUUUCACUUUUGUCUUGGUUGUUUUCGUCUAUACCCAAAAUAAACUUUAUUUUAGUUUUUAUGGACUGUGGCAAAUUAACAACCUGCAAUCUGUGGUGUAUAAGAGGCAUCACUAAUCCUUUGGCUAAUUCUUUCAACUCAUCCCUUCUUGGGCCAUUCAAAGCUCCUGAGUGUACCUUAUUACUUUUGACGAUAACAUAGUCAUUGAUACCCCCGACAUUGAGAAGUCCAUAAAAUAUAACUAAAGGCUAUCUUUUAGUUCCACGUGACACUGAGUAAGCUCCACACAGCUCAUCUUCGACAUUGACACUGCAUUUAUCUUGGUUUUAAUCAAGAAUCAUUUCGGGUUUAUUUGCUUCUCUAGAACAUUUUCUACCAUUAUGGUGUAUAGUGGAAGCAAGCAGCACGUUUUUCUUUUCCUUUGGUACAUACGAGACAGAGAUGCAAUCGUUUUUGAAAUAUAGAGCUGGGUAUGCCUCGAUCGAUGAUAUAUCUCGAUCUUGGGUGGUUGUAAAUAUCAGAGGAAUCUCAGCUUUAUUUUUUUUUAAAGUUCCCAACGCAGUUAAGACCAUAAUCUUUCAGUAAAUCAUGGAAAAGUGGAAAACUAGUAAACCAGUUAUCCAUUACUUACCAUGUUCCGGUAGCUAUUUUUUAUUGGUUCCACCAUCUGUUUUACAACAUCAAUUGCUGCAGUACGGGAAUGGAGGGAAGUGAAAGUCACAUUCAUACCCAAACCAGGUAAGAGCGACUACACUGACCCUAAAUCCUAUAGGCCCAUUAGCCUCACAUCCUUUCUCCUAAAGAUGAUGGAGAGGAUGUGUGAAAGGGAGUUAAGGGGGUCGGCACUAAUGAACUUACCACUACACGACAAGCGACACACCUACAGUCUAGGCAAAUCAACAGAAUCGGCACUUUAGCAGGUAAUUACAAGGAUUGAAGAGGCCAUCCAAAACAAAGAAAUAUGUCUAGGUUUCUUCAUAGAUAUAGAAGGUGCUUUUGACAGAACAAACUUCUCCAGCAUAAAAGGUGCACUCAGUAGACAUAAAGUUGAACCGGCACUGAUUGACUGGAUAGUAUACAUGCUCAGUACACGAGUAAUAAAGAUUGCUGGUGAAUCUCAACCAAUCCAAAUUAAGAAAGGCUGCCCGCAGGGUGGGGUUCUCUCACCUCUCAUGUGGAAUAUGGUCAUCAAUGAACUCAUCAGCAAAUUAAAUGCCAAUCACUUCUACACAGUAGGUUAUGCUGAUGACCUGACAAUACUGGUCUCUGGAAAGACAGCAAGCAUAGUGUGUGACCUGACCCAAGCGGCUCUCUGUAUAGUGGGGAGAAGGUGCAGGGAAUACGACUUAACCGUCAAUCCAAAUAAAAUGGUUCUAGUAAUGUUCACACAAAAACGAAAGCUGAAUAACUAUCAUCUUCCAAGUCUUUUCAGCACAAAACUCCAGCUAUCCUCUGAGGUAAAAUAUUUAGGUCUUACCUUGGACAGCAAACUUAACUGGAAUAAACACAUAUAAAACAAAAUCAACAAAGCUAGUAUAACUUUCUGACAAUGCAGAAACAUGAUUGGCAAAAGAUGGGGAUUGACACCAAAAAUCAUACUGUGGCUUUACAAAACUGUAAUUCAGCCCAUGAUCACAUACGGCUCUCUGGUAUGGUGGACCAAGACAAAUGAAGCCACCACUAUAAAGAAGCUUCAGCGCUACCAGAGACUAGCAUGUAUGGCUGCCACAGGCUGCAUAAGCACUACGCCAACAGCAGCCUUAGAAGCGAUGUUGGAGCUAACCCCACUUCAUCUACAUAUACAACAAGAAGCGACUUUAGCUGCCAUCAGACUCAAGACCCUAAAUCUUUGGAGUAAGAAUAGUGUCCCUCAUACAGGCAUAAUUGAUAGAAUUCACUCAAAAAUUCCUAUCCUACAAGCCAAGUAUGAUAAAAUUCCUAAACAAUUUGUUUUCGAUAAGAAGUACAAGAUACAAUUAAAUGAAACCAGCCAGCCGGAAGGAUUAAACCCAAAAGAGCUUAGAGUUUUCACCAAUGGUUCUAAAACAAAUGAAGGUGUAGGUUCUGGAACUUUCUCUGAAGACCUCAAUAUUCACAUAUGCACACCGCUGGGUACCUAUAACACAGUCUUUCAGGCGGAAUGUAUGGGUAUCAUUCAAGCGGCCAUAGCAAUAGAUGCUAGGAAGGUUAAUGAAUUCCCCAUCAGAAUACUGACCGACAGUAGAGCGGUACUACAAGCUCUGAGUUGCAAUGCGGUGAACUCAGGACUAAUAUAUGAAUGCCAUCAACGAUUAAAUGAGGUAUGUAAAAACAACAAUGUGACUCUGCAAUGGAUAAAGGGACACAGUGGAUCCAGAGGCAAUGAUGCAGCAGACGAACUGGCCAGAAGAGGAUCGGCUCUGGCCACUAUAGGGCCGGAACCAAUCAUACCAAUCCCCUUUGGUAACAUUCGUUCACUGGUACGUAAAAGUCUAGUAGACUGCAGACAAGCUAGGGAGGCCCUGCCUGAAAUAAACAGUCGCUUAACCAAAGUUUUAAUGAGACUGAACAAGCUGCAGAUCAGGAUAGUAACAAGUGCUAUCACAGGACACGGCACCUUUAACAAACAUUUAUUUACUAUAGGUGUUACAGAUAGUCCCCUGUGCAGGGCAUGUAUGCGGGAGGAAGAAACGGGGGCCCACGUGCUACUGAAAUGUCCGGAGGUCGCUACGUACAGGGCUAAACAUCUCGGCACGCCGGGAGUUGCAUGCAACAUCAAAGGAUUGUUGAGCUUCUUCGGGGAGAUCUCAUGGCUCGAAUAAUCACAUUAUUCCUGCCCACACGCAAAAUACGCGCAUAGACGUGGAGUUGCGGAAAACAGCCCGUCGUAAACUAACUUAACUGCUGCAUUACUCUUCUGAAAAGGUCCAUUGUUUUGUCCGACAUAAACCUCCAUAAUUCCCAUGUAGAAACUCUGAACAUCAGCCAUAACAAAAAUUUUGAUACCAUAUUUUCCAGGUUUACUAGGAAUGUAUUGCCUAAAAGGGCAACGGCCACGAAACUUCUCCAGUUUUUCGUCAAUGGUGACAUUCUCUCCAAAUGAGUAAUGCUUUUUUAUGUUUGCAUUGAAGUCGUCAAAAAUCUCACGAAGAGGUACAAAUUUAUCCUCUGAUCGUCGCUCUUCGCGUGUAUACAUAUUAUCGAAACAUAAACAUUUCAAUAAGAAAUGAAAUCUUUGAUGUGACAUAGCUGCUAAACACAAGUCAAAACCGCUACCAUCUGUUGCCUAGAUAUCAUUUGUAUUGAGGCGCGAGCUUCGCAUUCGCCCACAAAAGUACAAUAAUCCAAACAGCUUGCAGUUCCACAAAAUCUGUGCCUUUGCAAUCUCAAACUUUCAAUAUAAAUGUUUGUAUAAUUGACAAUUUUUUGCAGAUAUUCAUCCGGAAAGAUCAAAUUCCAAGCUUCUAAUGGUGAAACAAUCUUUGGCUGCUCUUAUUGACCAUGGCAAAUAAAUAAUAAUAUAUAAGACCUCGUACAUACAUUCUGUUGUAGUUGUUGUACAAGCCAUUGAGUUCUUCCAUUUCGGCCAAUGAAUUUCCCACGUCUAAUAUAUUUCAAUGGUACAUCAUCUAAAUACUCUUGUCCCAAUUGCGCAGGUAAUGUUGGCUCUCCCUCUUCUUCAAACUGCAAGGGAUAUCGGGGAAAUCAUCAGAAUCCUCUUCCUGCUCAGUACCGCUGGCAUGGUUACUAUGCUCCUCAUAAUUCUCGGUUUCUGGGUCGAUUUCUCCAUCGAAUCAUACAUGAUUGUAAGCUGUUAUUUAAAAGAAAAACGUCCCGCUUGGUUUCUUGCUGGUUCUUCCCAGGACAGAGGGUUUUUUUCGAACCAGUGGUAAAGUAAAAAAUGACUUUCAAUAAGAAUUACACAUGUAAUGUAUAUUGAAUAAAAAAUAUUCUAUUCUAUUCUGAUACAAUUUCAUCGUCACUAUCUUGUUGCAAUAUUUCUUCUAUAGUGCUAUCUCUCCUUGAAAAAUUCAUGGUAAUUAAGUGCU